AUUCAGAAUGGGUGCGUGUGUGACGACAGACAGACAGACGGACAGCACUGACUUGAUGCGUACAAGGAGUGAAUGUCGACAGUCCUCGACAAUCGCAUGAAUGCAAUGCAUUGCACACCGGCAGUGAAGUGCCUGCCUUAUCCAGCCAAGAAGGGGGAAAGCAGCCAGUCAGAUGCCCUGCCUGCCUCCCGCUCGGCUCGCUCAUCUCAUCCAUUCCUUCCACCAUGCGACCAUCAGUCGCUUGGAGCCAUCCAGAUCAGACACAUACACACCAUACACCUUCCCAAACUACACAGCAGCCGUGUGCACGGGCGGUCUUGGUGGGGCGGCCACUGAGCGCGACUGCAUGUUGAUACGUCUGCAGCAAUGGCACGAACACACCGACCGCAGCGAUGCAUGCAUACGACACGCACUCCUCUCCUCUCUCCUCGUUUGCUCGCUCACUUGAGGUUGUUCUGGUAGGCGUUGAGCAUCCUCUUGAUGGCCAUCGCAUUGGUGCCAUCCACCAGCACCACCCGCCGUUUCUUCAUCUUCUUCUGCCCGCUCUUCUUGCUCAGGAGAUGCUGCCUCCCCACUAUCUUGCGCAUCAGCUUGCCCCCAGCCGUCACCUUGAUCCGCUUCGCCGCAGCCUUGACCGUCUUCCUUUCUCCGGGCGUGUGUUUGCGCAUUGUCAGGACGCUUCGCGUCGACGGCAGCGGCAUCGCAGAGGGGGAGAGGGCGAAGGGGGAGGGACGCACUGCCGCCACGUGGGGCAGAAAGGCCUCAGAAGACUCCAGCAGCAGAUCACGCAGAACGGACGGGUGGAUGUCAAGAUCUUCAGAUGAGGCCGCUCCUGCCUUCAUGACGAAGGCCGCGACGGCCGAUAGGCACACCCACGGCCACUUCAUUGCGCAGACGGGUGGAACGGAGAUCUACGGAAAAAGCUCGCAAUUGAUGGAGGGGAGGAGGACGUGGCCGGUGGGUUGAGAUUGUCAAUGACUCAUG